UGGAGCCGGGCGGAGGGGGUGGCGCCCAACGGCCGCGCCGCCGCCCGGUCGCCUAGCAACGCCCCCACGCGGAGCCAUGCAGGCGGGCGGCGACAGGGAGCUGCGGGCCAAGAAUUAUUUGGAAAAACAUCGGAUUAUGGAGCUGCUGAACUAUCUCACCAGCGCCCUGCUCUUUUUCCGGCCAGAAAAGCCAAGAGAGUAUUUAAUAUCUAUAUUGGAACGACUGAGAAUUGCCAAAAUAACAGGCGUGGCUUUUCCUUUCUUUAUGGACCACUCUAACAUUGUGUCUAUGUUUGAGAUGAUGGACACUUCAGAGAAAGGCACCAUAUCAUUCGCGCGGUACAGAGAAGGCCUAAAAACCCUGGGUCUGUUGAAUGAAGAUGAAGUUUUAAAAGAUGAUGGACAUGUAAUAACUUUGGAAAAAUUCAGAUCUGAAGUGAACAAGAGGACUGAGAAAAUAUGGUCAGCAUUUUAAUAACACCAUAAGUCCAAGAUAAUAAAUGAUUCUAUAAAGUU